AUGGCUGAACCCAGAAUAUCCUCCAUUGAUGGGAAGCUGGCAGAAGAAUUCGCUGUUCCCUCCCAUGUGGACGAGGUGAAGGAGAAGAUGGUCAGCUUUGCCAGGCUUCACGCAGACGCCGGACGCAGGGUGGUUCUCAUCACAUCCGGAGGCACCAAAGUUCCCCUGGAGUCCCGCACCGUUCGCUUCCUGGAUAACUUCAGCAGUGGCAGACGAGGAGCCUCCUCAGCAGAGUACUUCAUAGACUCGGGCUACGCUGUGAUUUUCCUGCACAGGCACCGCUCUCUGUACCCUUACACGCGGAUGUUUUUGAGCGUGAACAUGCUGGACGCCCUGCAGUUCAGGGCUGGAGAAGGAGCGCCUGCGAACAGCGGCGAGGUGGUGGUGGACCAGCAGGUGCUUCCGAACAUUGCCAAGGUGCUGAGGCGCUAUAACGAGGUGAAAGAGGAGAGACUUCUUCUGCCCAUCGAGUUCAGCACCCUGUCGGAGUACCUGCAUUUGCUCAAAGUGGCGGCACAGGCCCUCAGCUCACUGGGGUCUAAGGCCAUGUUUUACUUGGCGGCAGCUGUGUCGGAUUUCUACAUACCAGCAUCAGAUAUGCCCGAACACAAAAUCCAGUCUUCAGACGGGCCCCUUCAGCUCAGCAUGAAGAUGGUACCAAAGAUACUCUCUCCUCUGGUUAAAGACUGGGCACCGCAGGCAUUUGUCAUCUCCUUCAAGCUGGAGACGGACUCCACCAUCCUGAUCAAAAAGGCCCGACGGGCUCUGGAUACUUACAGGCAUCAGGCCGUGGUGGCCAACGUGCUGGACUCCAGGCGGGGUUAUGUGGUCGUGGUGACCCCCGAGACUGAGGCCGAGCUGAUCCUCACCGACGAGGACGAAAAGAACGAGGUGGAGAUAGAGGAGAGGAUAGUGAGCAACCUGACAGCCGCGCACAAAAGCUUCAUAAUGCAACCAGUAGGCUAA